AAAAAAAGCCACCUGUAUGUUGAAAAAACAAUUCUGCGAUCAGCUGUUCUUCGUAGAAGUGUAUUUAUGUUGGGCGUGCAAUGCAUCGGUUCCGCUUAGUGACAUUCGACGUUAUUGGUACGCUUCUUAAUUUUCGAACCCCACCACCAACAUUUUAUUCGGAAGCAGCAUCUCUUUUUGGUAUCAAGGCGCAGCCUUCCGAUAUUGCAUCUGUAUAUCCAUCGGAAUAUGAGAAGCAGAGCAGUCUUCAUCCAAACUUCGGCCAGCAGACGGGUAUAGGCUGGAAAAAAUGGUGGAACCAGCUAGUUGUAGAAGUCCUUGAGAAGGCAACAAAUAGUCAGUAUAGCAGAACCAAAUAUGACUCAGUUGCCGAGUAUCUCAUAACCGCAUACGAAGACGGAGAACAGUAUAAUGUCGCAGAUGGCGCCCAAGAUCUGUUGUCAUACCUUAAGCAAACAAAUACAAUUCUCGGUAUUAUAUCAAACUAUGACGAAAGGCUCCACUGUGUGCUGAACUCUUUGAAUUUAAAUAAAUAUUUUGAUUUUGUCUUGACAUCUUAUGAAGCUGGUAUUGAAAAACCUUCUAAGAAAAUUUUUGAGAAAGCUCUUGACUUAGCCGUGAAAAUUGAUAGUCAUGUCAGCCCAACCUGCGCACUGCAUAUCGGAGACAAGAUUGAAACUGACUACAAAGGGGCAAUGGAAGCUCAGUGGAAGUGUGCAUUGUUAAAGAAAAAUAAAGACGAAUUGUUGAUUAAGCGGUUGAAAAGAGAUGGAGUGUUGACGAAUUACGUAUUUAAUGAUUUGUUAGAACUUAAGGCAAGACUUCCUAAUCUGUGAGAAAAGAAAGUCUGCCCAUGGAAGUAGUAAAACUUUGUGUUAUACCAGAACCGGAUAAUAAAGAGGUGUAUUUAGUGAGAAGUGUUGUGACACUAAACCGUAUUUUAAAUUGCCAAAACACAAUUAAUGUUUGAAUUGACAUCUGAGUUUGUAAGGGUAGACGUACAAAGACAGAUCAACUCUAAACCUGCAUUAAAAAGAAAACAGAUCUGUCUGAAUUACAUGUAGUGCUACCCACGAAACUAUACAUUUUGUGUGUAAUAUAAAUGCUGUUCAUUCCAGUGUAAUACAGGAAUAAAAUUAACAUAAUUCUUGGACGUAAAAAUUUGCUACUAUGUAAGAAAUUGAAAUUAAAAUCUAGGCACACUGACCUUUUA